AUGGACAGAAAUGUAUCCUCACCACUAAACUCCACCUCUCUGCCUACUCCACUCCCUCUCAACACCACCGCUGACAUCAACGCCACAGUAAAACCCUUCAGUGUGUUUGACGGCUGCGACCACCAGGUGGAAGGCAUCCUCUUUGACCUGACCCUGCAGUGCAUCAACGUCAUCGUGGGAAUCCCGACCAACUUACUUGUCAUUGCGAUCCUCAUCCGCAAUCGCAAAGAACCCACCACGUCAGACAUAUUCCUGGGCUGCCUGGCCUUCAUGGACGCCUACUUCGGUUCCAUGACCCCUGUCAUCUUCCUUAACCUGUACCACUGGCAGAGCAAAGACGUGUGGUCUGCCAUCAAGUUUUCCUACGGAGUGAAAGACACAAGCGGGCCGCUGUUUUUCUCCUGUAUCUGCCUCGAUCGCUUUGUGGCUGUGCUCUUUCCUGUAAUGUUUGGCCAACUUAAACACAUCAAGUACAGAAUAAGCCUCUCAGUGCUGGUAUUCUGCCUCACAUUUGCCUACUCUGCAGCCAAAACUGUGGGAGGCCUUCCCAACUUCGAGAAGGUGUUCACUGGUGAGAUCCUGGCAACAUUUACCUGGAUGGUAGUGUGUAACGUGUGCAUCCUGUGGGCCCUGAAGAAGUCCCGCGGUGCAGGGAAGGAUGAGAUGCACCCCAUGAAGAAGAAGGCCUUCAAGAUGGUGCUGUCCAUCCUUUGUAUCAUUGUGGUUAACUACCUGCCACCUGUGGCACUGUUUCCUUUUGAAGACCACUACUCCGAGGAUGUGUUCCGCUGCUACGUGCAACCUGUGGGCUUCGCUUUCCUCAACAUCAGCAGCACCAUCCAGCCCAUCAUCUAUCUAUCUCGUCUGGAGAAGGUGCCUUUCCUCUCAGACGCUUGCCUUGAGAAGUGCUGCCCCUGUUUCUCUACACAGAAGAAAACCCCACCUGCACAAAACCCACCUGCUUAA